AUGAAAAAUAUACUUAUAAUAGCUUUAUUAGUAGCAAUAGCUUUUGCUAGUCUCAGAGGAUCUGAUAGAAAAGGACAAAAUCAUCAUGAUUUAAAAAAGGAAAGAAAAGGAGAAAGAGAUACAGAUAGAAGUGAUUCACUAUCUGGAUCAAAUGAAAAUGAAUAUUCUCUUUAUGAUAGUGAGGAUAGAUCUACUUUUUAUAGUAGUGAAGAUGUUAGUAGCUUAGAUUCCAGUGAAGAAGAUUCCACUCUCUAUAAUAGUGAAGAAAAAUAUACACUUUAUGAUAGUGAUGACGACAAUACGUAUGAAAGUACUCUAAAUGAUAGUGAAUCAAGUGAAAGUAGUUCAGAAAGUGAAUCUUAGUCUUCAAAAUUUAAUCAUAAAAGAAAUGAUCAAAAUAAAAAAUAAAAUAGAGAUGGAAAAAGAGGACAUAGAGGAGGUAGAUUCAAUAACAAAGAUAACUAAACUAGAGAUAGAAAACAUCCUCAUCCUCCAAGACCUCAAGAUGAAUUCUCAAAAAAGGUUUUCUAAAAUUUAAAAAAAACUGGAAAAGUUAUUUUAGAAGAAUGGAACAUCACUUAGGAUCCAUCUCUUAAAAACGAAAUUAGAGCUAUCUUGAUUACAAAUUUAGAAAAUUUAUUGCCUGUGGCUGAAGUUCUAAAUACUUAAGAAUCUGGAUCAAUUCAAUAAAUUGAUACAGUCUAACCAGAUAAUCACCCACAUCCACAUCCACAUCCACCUCCACCUCCAUAACCAGAAGAUGAGUUUGCUAAAAAGGUUUUCGAUACUCUACAUUAAAUUGGAUUUGAAAUUCUUGAGUCAUGGAAUUUAGAAUAAAAUGUGGAAGUUAAAAAUUAAAUUAGAGCUAAUUUGAUUCAAUAACUUAGUGAUCUUAUUCCAAUAUAAUAAGUGGAAGCACAAACUACUAUCAUAGAUGUUCCUAUUAUAAUUGACACUGUUCAAGAAAGAACUGCUCCAAGAUUAGCUGAGGAAAGUGGAAAUUGA